AUGGAUUACAGCGGUCGUGGUGGUAAUGCAUCACAGCAAGGCUUUAUCAGUCGCAUACGACAAGGUACAAAACGACGCAAAGGAUCCAAUUUCACAAGCCAUUCUGAGGGUUUGCUUGAUCGUGCCGGUGCUGGCGACUCGGAAGCCGCUGGUGCUUUGAAUAUCCUCACCAGAGGCAAUUCAAUUAUACGAACUUUGACUGUGCCACGACAUGGUGAUGAUGUCAGGUGA